AUGAAGCUUGUGUUGUCUACGUCAAACAUUGUCAGCGGCGGGCCAUCUGUUGUCCGCCGCAUUACAUCCGCGAAAUCGAAUGUCGAGCUGUUGAAUUCGCUCCGGUACAACUUCGUCGCAGCCCAGCAGAUCGAACCCGCCCAUACAAACGAAAGCCUCCAUGGGACGCAUUCGCCUCCUCGGAAACUCGCCUACAGUGACUACACCACGUGGACCUCCAAAGAUGCUGAUACCCUCUACGUUCCGGCCAUCGAUUUCUCAACGUCUGGCUUGACAGAGGACCGCUCUCAGUAUGAUAUCACGGUGAAGCUGUUCUACUUGCCAGGGAUACCGGCCUCGAGGAGGUGCGAACACACUUGUGCCGCCAUCGAUCUCGUUCUGAAGGAGCUACACGUCGGUUCUAUAGAUCUCCUCAUCGUUUCGUUUCCCGGAAUCGCGUUUGACGCAGAUGACGAAGAAGAGGAAGUGGUCAAUGGCGAUGCGGAGUCGGAGUUCAACAAUAUGGUGCAGACGUGGCGAACAUUGGAAUCGCUUCACGAAAAGGGGAUGAUUGCGCAACUUGGACUGGCAGAAUUUGAUAAGGACCGGCUGGAGAAAUUUCUUCCGUAUACCAAGAUACGACCCUCCGUGGACCAAAUAAACGUUAAAGAUUGCUGUGUUGUACCAAAGGAUUUGAUAUUGUACGCGAAGGAGGAAAAUAUUGAGCUUCUAACGCACAACGAUUGCACUGAUAUCCUUCCCAGAGGUACAACGCGAGAUCUACUAUCGCGCGCAGAAAAUGGCGCAGGCAUCUUGGCAGUAGCCGCAGAUGCCGACGAUGGUGGUAUCAAAGGGGAUAUUGAACCACAGUGGGUGGUAAAAUACACGGCAGUGGUCAAAGACCGCGGAGUAAUUGAAAACAAGGGCUAUUUUGCUCUUGCUGAAGUCGGAACAUGUAUACGUACUUCUUCAUAG